AUGCACAAAUCAAAACAAGAGUUCGAACAAAAAUGGUUGUUUCAACCAAUCACUGCUUUAGGAAGUGAAUUUGAAUACCUCAGAGUGCAUCUCCAUAGUUACAACAAUGGCUGAAAAGUCUGAUGUCAACAUGGAAGAGGAAAACAAUGUAAUUGCAAACAAUCAUUGUCCUGAUGAUGUCAUAAAGACAGAACCCAUUGAAUCAAAUGAUCAAGACAUGCCACAGAGUCAUAUCAGCAAAGAUGCCAAUGAUCAUAACCACUGUGAGCCAUGUGAAGUGAAACCGGAUGAAGCCAUAUGUCUUGAUGUUACUAAGGCUAGUGAUGCAUCAGUUGAUAUGUCUACCACAGAUUCCUACACUGCAGAUGAAAAAAGUCUUGACAAUUCAAUCUCUCUUACAGUUGGUGCAUGUAAUGUAAGUAAAAAUGACAGUGGAAUUGAUAUGGACAAGUCCCCUGCUAAAGAGAUUCCUAAUAACUGUGAAGCCCCCAAUAAUGACUCUAGCAAUAGCUCAUUGAACGAUCUCAAACCGAGUAAUGAGACUAAUAAUGCCAUAGAUCUAGACAAAGAUCAAGUGAGUAAUGAAAGACAAUCGCACUCAGACAAAAUAACUGCUGAAUCGGCUAAAAAGAAACCGGAAAAUGAUGUGGCUAUUUCUGAUUCAGGCUCUACUAAUGACAAUUUAUCUAUAGAUAUAGACUCAGAUGAUGAGGCGACUGCCUCACACGACAUGCUCUCUGUUAGUGAAGAUACUAAGUCACGAAAGGAAAAAUGUGUUCGUAAACAGAAGAGAUAUUUCAGAAGACGUCCACAUCCAGAAACCGAGUCAGAAUCAGAAAGUGAAGAUGAUGUCAUUAACCAUGAAGAAGAGCAAGAGAGAAACACAACUGAUGGUGAAAGUGCUGCAGCUGAUGAAGCUGAUGUUGAUGAAGACGAUGACAAUGUUGAUGAUAUCGAGGCAAACAGGGCUUCCAGUGAGGAGGAAGAAAUAGUUAUAGACACCAAACCACCUGUUGAUUCAUGGCAAGUCAUGAGACAACUCUACUACAGGGAAUAUGGGCCGUCCCACUUAAAUAAGAAUGUCUACAAGAGGUAUGGUCAGUCAGCCAUGGGAAGCGUUGAUUUGGUUCAGCGGCUAAAGCUACAGUAUAAGAUGGAAAAACAUGAGGGAUGUGUCAAUGCUCUUCAUUUUAAUAGGGCAGGUAACCUCUUGGCAAGUGGUUCUGAUGAUUUGAAGAUUGUUCUAUGGGACUGGUGUAAGAACACUCCUUCCAUUGUGUAUGAUAGUGGCCAUAGGAGCAAUGUGUUUCAGUGCAAAUUUGUGCCACACAGUAAUGAUUGUAUCGUUGCUUCAUGUGCUAGAGAUGGACAGGUGAGACUUGGUGAGCUAUCAGCCACUGGAGUGUGUAAGGGAACCAGGAAGGUUGGCCAACACAAGGGGGCAGCUCAUAAGCUGGCGAUGCAGUUUGAUUCUGGCCACUGUUUCCUUUCAUGUGGAGAAGAUGGCACAGUGAUUGAGGUGGACAUUAGGGAGGAGAAGCCUACCAAGCUAGUAACCGUUAAAGAAAAUGAACAAAAGGUGGCUCUGUACUCCAUUCACUCUAACCCAACAAACUCUAAUGAGUUCCUGCUUGGGGGCAGAGAUCACUUCAUGAGGAUAUAUGACAAGAGAAAGAUCAGUGAUGAUGAUUCGGGCAUAGUCAAGAAGUUUUGCCCUCAACAUAUGAUUGACAAAGACAACAAGCCAAAUGUUACAUGUGCAGUAUACAACUACAAUGGUUCUGAGGUAUUGGGCACGUAUAAUGAUGAUGACAUCUACCUAUUUAACAAUUCACACUCAGAUGGUGCAGAGCCCAUUCACAGAUACUGUGGCCACAGGAAUAAUGCUACAGUGAAAGGUGUUAACUUUUAUGGUGCCAGGAGUGAAUUCAUUGUCAGUGGAAGUGACUGUGGACACGUUUUCUUCUGGGAGAAACAGUCAGAAAAAAUAGUGCAGUAUGUGGAAGCAGAUAGGGGAGGUGUGAUUAAUGUCUUAGAGCCUCAUCCCAGUUUUCCGGUGAUCGCAACUAGUGGUUUAGACAAUGAUGUUAAGAUAUGGGCCCCCACAGAACAUGAACCCACAAAGCUAAAAGGCAUUCAAGAGAUUGUAAAGAAGAACAGAAGAGAUAGGAAGCUUGAUAUGAGCAAUGACCCUGAAAUGAUCGAUGGUCAGAUGUUGUGGUUCCUGAUGCAUCAUCUUAGACGUAGUGCACGAAGAAGGGCACGUGAGGAAGGGGAGGAAAUCUCAUCAUCAAGUGACCACGACAGUGACGAUGAUUCUCCCCCAGCCAGCGAACCUGAGCUCGAAGUCCCUACCCCCAGGUGUACCCAAUCAUAGAUGUCUCUACUGUGUACCUACCAACUCCAGAGCCGUACAUUAUCUAAGGAGUGGAUUGAGAUCCACUGGGGCUUAAAUGACUAUUUCGUUACGAUUAUGCUCCGGUGAUUUUUGAUUUUAAGGAAGUUGUUAUAUUUAAAACUCACGAAUCAAGUUCUACAUCAUUGUGAACCUUGAAAUAAUAACACAUUUUCUCUUCAGUAUGAAGAUUUCUAUCACACAUUCUGUUGGCAAGAGAUGUUAUGAUGUCAGCUGCAAUGUACGAGAGGAAUUGUUGAACAUUAGAGGUUU